CCGUCUCUCACUUCCUCUUUCUCACUCUAUCACUACAAAAGCCCCGACGGGACGUUGCUUUCUCGUUACUUCAAAUGGCAGAGAAGUAAUCUUCCCUCUUUAACAGAAACAGAGCGGAAGCAGAGAAAAGCUCAUUGACCGCCAUUGAAGGACCUUCACCACUGCAGCUUCAACCACCUAACGGCCCGCCGAGACUUCUCCUCGUACUCUCCUUAGUUGGACCGGAAGCCUGUGUGUGGGACUGGCCAUUGGAGUUUGACUCCGGGGACGUCUGAGUGGACCCAAUUUGACGAUCCGUUGGCUCGCGUGGACUGGGAAUUGGCUUGGCUCCAGCUCAAUUUGGUCGGUUUCCAGCUCGGAUAUGGAGGUGCCGGCUAGAUCCAAUGAGAUUGCGCUCGAGUCGUUCCAAUUCCACGAGGAAAUCCGCCAGUUGAUGGCCCCGCCGCCGGAGAACGCCAGCUCCUUCACGGCGCUUCUCGAGCUGCCUCAUUCCCGGGCCGUGGAGCUGCUUCAUUCGCCGGAGCGGUCCAAUUCCCAGGCAGUUGCCUCCGAGGGCCCUCCCAAACCCUACUUCCACUGCCCUGGCGGUGGCGGUUUCGGUUUUCCCGCGAAUUCUGCUGUGGUGGGACGAGAUUCGAUGUGCUCAUCCUUCACCGUGGAGGCCAACGGCAGCUCCCAGAAGGUGAAGGACGAGCCGGUGGGUGAGAGCGACUCCGAUCCCCAUUCCUCAUCGCAGCCGCUGGUGUCCGAUCCCCCGGUGGAGGAUAAGGCACAGAAGCCGGGAAAGAGAAAGGAUCGAGAGAAGAAGGCAAAAGGGUCGGCGAAGAAGAGCAAGAGCAACUGUGCCGAAGAUGCGGACAAGCUUCCCUACGUUCACGUCCGAGCUCGUCGUGGUCAAGCCACGGACAGCCAUAGCUUGGCAGAGAGGGCGAGGAGAGAGAAAAUCAAUGCCCGGAUGAAGCUGCUUCAGGAGCUGGUCCCGGGCUGCAACAAGAUCUCUGGCACAGCUUUGGUAUUGGAUGAAAUAAUCAAUCAUGUACAAUCCUUACAACGCCAAGUUGAGAUCCUAUCAAUGCGUCUUGCAGCAGUCAACCCAGGGAUUGAUUUCAACCUUGACAGUAUCUUUGCUGCAGAAAGUGCAUCCCUAGUGGACAGCAACUUCUCAAACGUGUCUUUUCCUCUACCGUGGUCAGAACUACAGGCAAACAUGCUGAGACAGCAGUACCAACAACAGCCAUGGCAUCUUGAUUCACUUCAGCACCCGAUGUGGGGGAGAGAAGAUUGCAGUCACAAUUUGAUCGCUUCUGAGAACUCACAUUUGAGUUAUGACUCUCCUGCAAACUCAGGUAAAAUGAGUAUGCACUCUAGAGCGGCCGAAAACGGAGUCACAAAGGUAGAAUGAAGAUGUCUUCAGGUAGUUAUUAUGUACAUAGUUUUGCUGAUAUAUAAUAUAGUACGAGAAAUUAGCCAGGAAGAAGAUGGAGGAGUUGAUUCCGUCGGGCUUAGGUCCCCUCACCGCUUCCGUCAAGUCCUUACAUCAUUUGAUUUUUGGCCAUAUAAUUAUAUCUUACAUAGAGGUUUAAGCCCUUGAUUUCUCCCAAUUAGACAGGAGAGAACUCAGUUAAGUGACUCUUUGUAUCGCUAUAGGUGUGUGCGCACUCACUUAGUGCAUCAUUUAAUCCCGCGCUCCCUGGGAAGACGCUAUCCCCGAUUCAAAUUGUACCAUUGAUCACUGCAGAACUAUGAUUGAAGUGUGCUCUUCGUGGUC